CAUUACAGGUUGGAAUCAGGUACAACUUUAUGUAGACCUACAGGCUGGUGCAAUAGUUUCAGCCUACCUGAUGCCAUCUGGUUUGGUGUCAUUAGCAAGAGGUACAUGGGAAAGAGUUCCUCACUUAUUCUAGUCUGGUGUGAGUGAUCUGAGCCAAUCGGCAAAGGAAAAUGUCUCGUGCUGAUAGAAAGCGUGGGGAUGCAGGGAUUGCAGCAUACUGCACAACUGCUGUAGCUCUUGUUCUGGUCACAAUUGCAUUUUUAACCCCCUACUGGAUCCAGUAUGAUUACCGGAUCUAUGGAGCAAACCUGGAAAAGCUUGGCCUGUGGACCCACUGCUUCCGUUCCCUUCCAGAUCCAAAAGACUAUUAUCACUUUCGAUACUUUGUGGGUUGUCGGUGGAUCCUUGACCCUUUCACUACUGGAUAUAGGGAAAUAAGGAGUUACAUCAAUCCACCCUUUAUGGUGGCAACACAAGUGCUGUUCACAUUCUGCUUUUUCUUGCUCCUCUGUGCAUGUGUACUGGUAUUCUUGGUCAUUCUUCACUGCUUGGUUAAGAGGGAGGUUCGACUUAUGAGGAUCAUCUCUCUUGUGCUCCUUAUAUCAGGGAUUUUUGGGACAUUUGCAGUGAUAGUGUUUGGUGCCAAGGCAGCCAGUGAAGAGUGGCUUCCAAAUCUCAACCCUGCACACACCUAUUUGAGUUGGUCUUAUGGUUUGGCUGUUGUGGGGGUUUUCUUUGAGUUUGUCACCGCCCUUCUCUUUUACCUGGAAAGUCGGCUUCAACGAAAGAGAGAUCUGACCCCAUCCUCCCAAGCAUCUUAUGUAGCUGCAUCAACCAAAGCUUAAGACAUACCGGGCAUCUAUGCAUGCCAUGUUGCCUGCAUUCAUCAUUGGAUGUGCAAUCUUGGUAUGCGAUCUGCUCUGAUCUCCCAUACCCGUUUCUUUAUUCUGUUGCUUUUUGUUUUUUUUCUGAACUUUCACUUGAAUGUUUUGAAUGCAAGAGAGGUGUUCAAUAAUUUUUUUAAUUCACUGUAUACGUAUGUAUCUAUGAGUCCCAUUCCAUAUGCAUCCAAAGCUUGUGUUCUAUUAAUUAAUGAGACUAGUUUGUUUUUGAGGCCAUAAUCUUCUUCAGUUUCUAGUUGUAUCUAUAUUCCAUCCUGUGUUUAGUUUUUUCUAAAUAUUGAAGCAUUUGUAGGAUACAUUGCUAAAAGUUGACUUGUUGCUAAAAUAAAAAUGCUGAUUAACAUAGUGCAAUGUAUAGAUCUAAAAUAAAUAUGCAUUGUACAGUUUGUCAGUGCCAUUCCCCAUCAAAAGGUUGAGGAGCAGUCCGCUCUUGGCAGCUAGGCUUCCCCUGUGAUCCCUUGACCUAGACAUUCCAAGUGUGAGCCUAACCAUUGCAAACUUAAACAUUCCACCUUUGUACCAUAUAUAGGGAAAUAUGCUGAACACCCUACUUUCAUACCAUCCUAAGGUUUCAAUUUGUGUCAGAAAUCCCCAUUUCAUAAUCAGGAAGUAUGAAUGGCAAUAAUGAGCCAAUGCAAACAUUUUCUUGCACACUUCAGUUUCUCUGUCAGCUUUAGAUAUGCUUUGGAGAACAAAAGAGUCCAAUUUUGGAAAGGAUCUUCCAAAGAGUUAUUCAUUUGCAUCUGUGGAGACUGAAUGUUCAUGCCCUCAAGUCUGGAAAAAAAAACCAAGAUCUCAAAGCCCUUUACUCAACUCAGCACUAAUUAUAUGUAGCACGAAACUUUUGUUCAUUCAAAGCACUCUA